CCCAUCCUUCUGGACCCCACCAUCAUCCCCCUUAACCUUCUAUAAAUGCAUUCCCAUAUUGCAUACCUUGAAGCCAUAUCCAUCGACACUAGACAGUCACCUACAAGCUCACUGAAAAGAAUUUCAUUUGAAAGCUAACUUAUCACCAUGUCUAGCACCUGCGGCAACUGCGACUGCGCUGACAAGAGCCAGUGCGUGAAGAAGGGCAGCAGCUACACUGCUGACAUUGUUGAGACUGAGAAGAGCUUUGUCUCAACUCUCGUCAUGGAUUUUCCAGCAGCCGAGCAUGACGGCAAGUGCAAGUGUGGUGCUAGCUGCACUUGUGUGACCUGCACUUGCGGUCAUUAAACUCAAUAUUGACAGUGAUCAGUUGUUGCAGAAAAAUUACUAAUAAUGUAAUUAUGUUAAAUAAUUCGUGCUUGCUGUUAUAAUGAAAAGUGUCAGUUGACUGUCAUGUAGUCCGUCUUUCCUUCCAUACUUGUGUAAUGGCCAUAUCUAUGGCUUUGUGUGUUUUAAUGAAUUACUGUUAGUAUA